AUGCCCACGGUCAGUGCCAUGAUGCUGUCCGCUCGCCGCACAGAGAGGACCCCCGAGGGGGGAGGUGGUGUUGGGAAGACUGCCCGGUUCCACCCCGACACAGCCUGCGGCGGCGUGGAAGCAGGCUUGGAAGAGGAUUCCGGCAUGGACUACAGCGACGUGAACGACUAUUGGUUUGACUGGGUCCAGCUCGACAAAGCAGAGGCCAAGGCCCGUUCGCGCUCGAUGCCCGCUAGCCGCAGCCGCGAAGGAGCCAGGUCUGGCAGUCCAAGAGGGUCAAAAGGAGGGACCCUUAAUGGGGACCCCUACCCUAUAAUGGGCUAUAUAAUGGGUAUAUAUAAUAGCUAUAUUAAGGGUAUAUACCUGGAGGCGUAG